AAUGUAAAAUGAUUGGAAGGUGCAAGUAUCACAUGAAGAUGGAAUCAUAAAAUAUUAAAACAUUGAAUACCGCAUAGGAUAAAUAUUAGGAUCUGGAGCUAGUGCUAAAGUCUAUAGAGCAGAAAAGUUUAUAAAUAAAAUAAAAUAAAAUGAAGAUGUUGCACUUAGAAUAUAAAAUAGAUAUUUUAAACCAAAUUAUGAGCUUUUGAAUUAGCUGAAAAAUUUUAGAUGGAAAAAUACAACAUAUCCAAUUGAGAAUAUAGCAGGGGGCUUUUUAUAUACAGAAUAUGAACUUUUUGAAGGUAAUCUCUCUUAACUUGAGACAGAAAAAAUUAAGAAUAAUAUAUUUGAAAUUGCUAAAACUAUAGCUGAGGCUUUAUUUGAAAUUCAUAAUUCAAAAUUUAUUCAUUUUGAUGUAAAGCCAGACAAUAUUGUUUACAAAAUAGAUUAGCAAUAGAAAUUUAAGUUUGCUCUAUGUGAUUUCUCUUCAAUUCAACCUCUUGAUAAUGCACUAACUUAAGAAUUAUUCAUUGAAGCCACACCACAAUUUGCACCUCCAGAAAUAGAGAUUUAAGGAUAUUCCAUAAAUACUGAUCAAUCGUGUGAUAUAUGGUCAUUAGGAAUGAGUUUAUAUAAUCUCUACUCUGAAAAAUUUAUGUUUACAUAAGGUAAUUACAAUAAGGUUACUUUUAGAUAAUCUUGAUAAGAAAAAGGACUAAGAUUUUAUAGAUUCUAUUGUAGAUAGAGAUAUUUAGGAUUAAAAACUGAAAUUAUUAAUUUAGUAAUCACUUAAAGUUCAAAAGGAUGAGAGAAUAAAUGCUAAAGAUUUUAUUGAUUAAAUUAAAAAUCCUUAAAAUGAAAGAAAUUAAACUUUCUAGAAAUAAUCAAGUUACAAAUCCACUUAAUUUUCUCAAAGUUUAGUUUAAUCAACAAAAGCUAUAGAAUUAAAAAAAUAAGAGAUUGUGAAUUAGUAAAAUUUAAUAAAAAUUCCAAUAUUACAAAGUUUAAUUGAGGAAGCUUCAAAGAUAAUUCAAAAUAAUUCAAAUAAAAUAGACAAUAAUAAUGCCAUUACAUAAAAAAGAUAAAAACAAUCAUGCUUAUUAGAUAUCCCAAAUAUUAUUUUUUGA